AUUAUCAAAUAAAAUGAAUAAAAAAAUAAUAUAACUUUAUUUAAUAUUUGUCUCAAAAGUAGUCUAUCAAACUGAAAAUCAGAUUAAUAACCUUUGUUUAUAGAGAUAAAGACUAUAAUGCCAUUUUUCAACUAUAAUAUUAUCUCGACCAAAAAAAAUAUCGUGAAGUAAUCUCUGGCGACGAGUUGUUGAAGUCCGGCGAGGAACGAAGCAGUGAUUAUCCAUGUCGAAGAAACGAAGAGAACAUAAUCAGAAUACAAUGAAGGAAUCUCAUGAAGCUUUAUUUACAGAACAUGGCUUACGGAAGAAGACGAAUUCGUUACCUUGCUUUUUGAAUGAGACAGAGCCAUCGAAUGAGACACCUGCCUAUCCAUUGUCUCCACAGACUGGGACUCAUGUUUUUCCCCCUAAUGUGACACAACACAAUGAAAUAGAGCCAUCGAGUGAGAUGUCAUCCAAUGAAAAACUUGACGAUAAGACUGACACAAAGCCAUCGAAUGAGACGUCAUCCAAACCGAAUCAAGCAGAAGAAAAGAUUUCAAGGAAGGUCAGAGAAAGUGAACAUGUCACACUCAUUUUCUGUUUAGCUCAGACUAUGUUCUUAAACUUCGUGUGCUAUUAGUGUUGACUUGGGCAAGUAUGGAAUGUUCCUAAGAAGUUGUAAUGAAUUAUGAAAACAUUUGUUUCAUUCAGGUAGUUAUUGAAGAAGUUUCAGGA